UUGGAGCCCUCGAUACAAAUGCUUGGGCCCUGAAGCUGGCCGCAUUCUUCCACCCAUUCCUCUCGUGCUCCUCUCGCUUGCGUCUGCUCCUCGAUCUCCCCCACAAAUCCUUCGUAAGCUUUCGGCUCCUCGCUCGAACCCUAGUCUCCUGAUCCUCUGCACACCGCCGUCGCCCCGAUUCACGAAUUCUUCUCUCCUUGCACUUGCCUCAGCGGGAAGAGCCUUGUCUAACAGAGUCAGUGGUCGAUACUUAAUUUCUUUUACUUGCUGGAUGCUGGUUGAUGGUGUCAUGGAGAAAACGACGAUCAGGUUUUGUUGUUUAUAUUGUUAUAUUGGCUGAAGAUCAGAAAGGAGUCUUAUGAAAUUUGCAGCUGCCGUUUAUUUCUUGUGGAUAUUGUGAGCAUUCCGCUUCGGUGUGCUUCUUUGCUGAGAACGUCUCUAGGGUUCAAUUUUUUGCAUUUGAAGAGAGAGAAGCAUUUGAGACGUCAUUUGUAAUCAACUGAACGUAGCUUCACAUGGGUGAUCAUGGAGUUUGGCCACAGCUAAAUGGCCUACUUCCAAAUGGUCUUUUGCCCGAAGAAAUGGCCAAUGCAGCCCAAAUGCGUGAUGCAGAUAGAUGGCUUAAGGCAGAGGUGCAAACUGCUGAGUUGAUUGCACGAAUUCAGCCCAAUCCCUCAUCUGAGGAGCGCCGAAAUGCUGUGGCCAAUUAUGUCCAGCGUCUGAUUACAGACUGCCUCUCCUGCCCGGUUUUUACGUUUGGGUCAGUUCCUCUCAAGACCUAUUUACCUGAUGGAGACAUAGACCUUACUGCAUUCAGUGAUAAUGAGAAUAUAAAAGAUACGUGGGCUGCUACAGUAUGUGCUGUAUUAGAGAGGGAAGAGAAAAAUGAAAAUGCUGAGUUCCGAGUAAAAGAAGUUAAAUAUAUUCAAGCAGAGGUAAAACUUAUAAAGUGUCUCGUUGAAAAUAUUGUUGUUGAUAUUUCUUUUAAUCAAGUUGGUGGUCUAUGCACACUUUGUUUUCUGGAAGAGAUGGACAAAGUGAUAGAUCAAAAUCAUCUAUUCAAACGAAGCAUUAUAUUAAUCAAAGCAUGGUGUUAUUAUGAAAGUCGAAUAUUGGGUGCACAUCAUGGACUUAUAUCAACAUAUGCAUUGGAGACAUUGGUGCUUUAUGUAUUUCAUGUCUUCAAUAAUUCAUUUGUUGGUCCACUUGAGGUCUUGUAUUGGUUUCUGGAAUUUUUUAGUAAUUUUGACUGGGAAAAUUAUUGCAUUAGUCUUAGGGGUCCAGUACCUAUCCGUUUACUUCCAGAUAUGACUGCGGAUCCUCCAAGAAAGGAUGAUGGCAAAUUGUUGUUUACCGAAGCCUUUAUUGACCACCGCACUGCAGUAUAUUCUGUCACACCUGGUGGACAAGAAAAUCACAGCCAACCUUUUGUUUCAAAGCAUUUUAAUGUUAUUGAUCCUUUAAGGACGAACAACAAUCUUGGGCGUAGUGUGAGCAAAGGAAAUUUCACCAGAAUACGAAGUGCUUUUGCAUUCGGAGCCACAAAAUUAGCCAGGUUACUUGAAUGCCCGAAAGAUGCAAUAAUUAUGGAAUUAAAUGAUUUCUUUGUUAACACAUGGAUAAGACAUGGUACUGGUCAUCGUCCUGAUAUUCAUAGCUUAGAUUUACAACCUUUUCAACAACUAAAAACUCUUUCGAUUGAGCCUAAACACCUAAAAACCAGUGCAAUUGUUGGAAGGAGGUUUGAGAAUGGAAUAUUUCGAGUUGCCAAGGAGCAUUCGACUGAAACUAGCCAAAGUUCUCAUAAUUUGAUUAAUGAAAUUGUUGCCAAUCAUCAGGAAAUGUUCAAAGCUAACACUUUAUCUGCAGUCUCUCUAGAUAGUGACAAAAGUCAAAAAAAUUUGAAAUCUAGUUACUCUGCCAAUCCAUGGAAAGAGCAGGGUAAACUUCAGUUUGCAAGGACUAGAUCUAGUCCUGAGCUGACAGAAACAUCUUUGGAUUUAUCUCGUGCAAGGCAUGGUAGAGCAAUGGAAACAGUGAAAGUACAAAGCCAAACAAAGUUCAAUUCUAAUAUCAGAACGAAAAAUUUAGGAUCUGAAAUGAUAGGCAGUCACAAUUCUAAGUCUUUUGAUGAUUCUGUAUCAAAGUGGCUGAUUCCAUCUCAUAAAAAUGUUGAAAUGGUUUCUGACACAAACAAUGUUUCGAAUAGCCAUCAGGCAGAUUGUGGAUUUUCUAACAUGGGGGUUGAACUUGCUUCUGUAUCAGAGGCCUUGGAGAUGCAGCAGGAAGAACAAGACUUGGUGAAUAUGAUGGGAUCUUCCGGCAUUCAUGGUUUUAAUGGACAGAUUCCAUAUCAAAUGCAUGUAGCCCCAUAUAAUCUGCCACUAACAUUUUCACCUUUUCCAACUUCAAUGGGUUAUGUUAAGAGAAAUUUGGCUGGAGUUAUGCCUUCAAAUUUACCCCUUCUUGGGGCUCCAUGGGCGUCCACUAUGCAAUUUAAUCAAAGUCUUGCUUCCAUUCCCCUUUCCCAUUACAUCAAUGUUGCCACAUUAAGUUCAAAUGUGGGUGGCACUGUCGAUUCUUCUAAUGAUGGUUCUGCAGUAGUGGAGCUUAAGGAAAAUGAAGUUGGUCACAGUAAUUGGCAGGAAGAAGAGGUUGUACUCUCCAGAGGGUCUAAUCCUGGUCACAGUGUUUCUCCUGACUACAAGCAGCAAAAACUAAAGGGCAGUUUGACCUCGAGUCCUACAGCAAGAGGCAUCAAUUCUGGUUCAGAUCCAUGGGAAUGUGAUAGAGUAGGUAGAGAAGAUGGAAGUUUGUCUAGAGAAGAAACCAAUGGCUCAUUUCAAUCCAAAACAACUAAAGUUGAUGAUAUUCAAUCUAAUUCCUGGACUGCAAACCCUAGGCUUUUCCCUCUGUCACGGGUAGCUUCUUCUAAAAGCAGUUCUAGAGGCAAAUCUAUAUUAGAAAAUCAUAAAGACAAGCUAACUGCAAACACCUCAGGGUCUGCCAGGGAAAAAUGGGGUAGAAAAUCAAGUUCCCCAUCAGUCUCACCAUCUCCUCGUGGAAAAGACAACAGUAGAUUGCAGUUUGAGGGUUCCUCUGACAUUGGUUUGGUCAAGGUAAAUAAUGAUGUCUCAGAUUUGAUACCUUCAACUGUGGGAAAUGAUAUGCCUGAAAAAAUCACCGAAUCAUCAUCUGUAGUCGCACCAGAUGCAAGAAGCCAUAAUCUACCAGGCCAGGAAUCUGAGCAAAAUCAGUCAGAUCCAUUGAUCCCUUUUGCACCAGUUCUUGUUGACACUUCCCAGCAGAGGGCCAUGGAUUAUUCCAAGUUCUUUCCAACAUUUGUUGCUACUGGUCCACCAGUUCCAUACUUGGUAUUUCCCUUUGGUAGUUUCACUUCCAACUCUGGAAAAACAGAUGGAUAUGCAGGGCAAUUGGAUAGGGAAGAAGUGACAGAUCAAUUUCAAGAAAGUUCUGAACACCAUGUCAAUUUAUUGGAGAACCUUGAGCAGUCUGAGGCUUUAGUGAGCCCUCCUGUUUCUAUGAAUUCUGGUUCUGAGUUCUCCAAGGAAUCUACUUCUGACAUUCUAAACAGUGAUCUGAAUGGCCAUCAGCAAAAUCUAGUAUAUGGACGAUUCUGCCAAAACCCUUAUCAUGGAACUGUAUUCUACUCUUCGCCUUAUGUAGGGCCAGAAAUUUAUCUUCCUGGUCAUUACCCAUGGGAUGGUCCUGGAAGAUCUCUUUCUGCUAAUCUGAACUAUGCACAAGCUAUGGGAUACAGUUCUCGACUGAUGCCUGUUUUGCCACUCCAGUCUGGUCCUGAUGCGACCUCUAUUACCUUCCGGCAUAGCGUAGAUGAAGCUCCGAGGCCUCGUGUUGGUACUGGAACUUACCUGCCAAAUCCUAAGGUUUCUUUUAGAGAUCGACAAAGUAGUUCAAGGAAUCGAGGGAACCGGAACUAUGAUCGUAAUGAUGCUGGGGACAGACCAAGGGCUUUUGAUCUUAGUCAUGGCCGCAACCAAUCUGAUAGAGCCCGGACUGGCCGGCUUCCUGCAGCCAGAAAUCAUGAAGAUAAAAGGUGGGAGUCAUACAAGCAUGAGCCUCUUGCCCACAGAGGUCAUGACCGCACAUUUGCAUCUACAAAUUUGUCGGGUAAUCUAGAUAAUGCACAUGGCAGGCACCCGCAAUUUGCUUCCCAUUCAAAUGGUGUUCUUCCAGCUGCUGACCAACUAAUUCCUCCUGUUGUGUUCAUGUACCCAUAUGAUCAAAGAAUUGCAAAUGGUUCGACUGCUGACCAACUUAUGUUUGAUUCUCUGAGGGCUGUGCAUAUACCUAUUGGUAAUGAAGCCCAUAGGUUAAGAGUUACAGAAGGUGAACGUUUUGAUCACAAGCAUGAUUCACAACACAGAGUUUCUUCUCGGCCAUCUUCAGAUCAACCUUCUUCACCUUAACUAGAAAUGUCGUUCUCAUUCCAAUUGUAGUUGUUUUCCUAAAUUUUCUGUGUACAUAUUCGUGUUGUAGCUCAUUUUUGAAGGUGGGAAAAAAAUUGAGAAUACAGUUUAGAGGCAAAUAAAAACAUCCCUGACAGAAUGUUGUCUUUCCUGGCCAAUCCCAAUGCCAUUGUUCACUUUAAAACCUUUACCUUUCUUUUUGAUUGACAGCACCUUUAGCAACAAUUGAACUGAUAAAUGUUGCUUUGAAAGCACAUACUAGUGGAUGGAUACAAUGUCUAGACCAAUUUCUGUCAGAUAUCAUGUAUUAUCAAUAUCCUGUUUCAUGGUGUAA